AUGGUACUCUACCGAACGAUCCGUGACCUGGCUCAAGCUACCGCAUCUGAAUCCUUGAGCCUCUUGGCUCUAGCUGGCCUCGCCAUGCUAUCCGGGGCGGUAGCACAGUUCAUAGUCUCUCCUCUGGAUCUGUUCAAGAUUAGAAUGCAAGCAGAUGGGAGGCGAGUUAAGAUGGGACUGAAGCCGGUGUAUCAUGGUCUGUGGGAUAUCAUGACUUCGGUGCCAAAGCAGGAAGGGUUCAAAAAGUUGUGGGCUGGAAGUACGCCAAACGUAAUCCGCGCAUGUUGUGUUAACAUUGGAGAUCAAGCAGUCUACGACGUUGCAAAGAGAACUUCGAAUGAAUUGUUUGGUCAAGGAGUGCUUGCUCAAAUUUUGGCAAGCGCCAUCACAGGCGUGUCUGUCUCAGUUCUAGCUUGCCCAGCAGACACCAUCCGCUCCAAACUGAUGAACAAUGGCCCCUCCUCGCCGCAACCUCUCCACAAGAGUUUCCGUGACUGUGUUGUCAGCACAUGGCGAAGUGGCGGAAUUACAGCUUUUUAUCGUGCACUCAUACCCAUGUACAUGAGAGAAGCUCCUUAUUACCUUAUCAUGUGGAACACCCUUGAGCUGUUGAAUCACUUCAGGAAAGUUGCCGUCGGCUCGUAA